UGGAGAGGUUGACUCACGUGCAGCUGCUACGCAGAUAUUGCAGUACGUCGAGUAAAGAAAACUUGUUUGUAAGCAGGGCUGAAAACUCUGUAGCCUGUAGGACAAUUCAGAGGCAAUAAUUUCUUUAUCAAUCUUUCACGAAUAUGCCACUCGUGGCAUACUUAUAUUUAGUUCAUAUGCCACUCGUGGAUGGAUCCCACCAUUGUUGCUAGUUGGUCAAACAUCAAUUGUAGAGAGAAUUUAGACUUGAUAACAAAUCAGUAAAGCGAUUGAGAGUAAUAAUAUUAUCACUAUAAUAAUAGUAGAAGCUCACGAAAUGUGAUGAGUUUCGAAUUCACUAAGGUACCAAUUUCUACACAUGAAAUGUAUUAGUACGAUUGAUUAAUUCUCGUAGAUUUCCUUCCACAUCCCUUGUAUCGAGCUGAACUUCUAAGUGAAUUGAGACUUGUCUUCAUCGACGAGGAUGAAAACUAGAUUGAGUAUUAUAGGUACGGUAUUUAUAUAAACCUCCGAAUUUAAAUAAAUUUUUUUACAACUGAAACAGAUUUGGAAUUUCCUUCGCUAUUUUACGUAAACAUCGUUCGAAAAUGAUCCAAUACAAUGGAAUAUCAGCCUCAGUGUUGGUGAUCUGCUUAGUACUUCUAAAUUUAGUCAGCAUAGCGGUGUCAGCAUCUGCCCGUCCGUCUUCUGCAUUGCAGCAAUGUUCCGCACCUAAAGAGCGGAUGCGAAAAGCUCUUUCUGUGGACCAUCCGCACAUCAGGAAAAAGAGAACUAUUCAGGUCCCGAAAGGCACUGGAUUUGAGUGCAAAUGGGCUCUCAACAUGCCGUUCGAAACGCAGCGUCGUUACAAUGCCAAGCUACAAAUGGCAAUUCCCAUCAUCAUCAAUAUUCCGGCGAUCUAUUUCGAGAGAUAUGGUCUCGAGAAACUCAAAGGCUUCGUGGAAGAUGAAGAAGAUGAGAAAAUUGAGAAAAUAGACACUCCAGAAAAGGACCAGGGGGCAAUGAUCCAUACUCCUGAGCAAGCGUACAAUGAAGAGCCUCUGCCUGCCCACCACUACAUCCAGAAGCGAGACGCAGUGAUCUCGAACUAUUCAACCAUAGUACAAGAAGAACGACUUUAUUUUUAUCGAAUCAUCGAAGGACUUCUUGAUAAGUUGGGACUGCCAUCGAAGGACUGCAUGCUGCGCACAGUGUGCGAAGUGGCACGUGAUCCCAUAGAGUAUGGGCUGUACGGAGAUUUGUUCAACAUGCUAAUGAGCCCAACAAUGACAUCAUUGUUGGCAUCCCAGGACGGAGGCUACGUGGACGAAAUUGUUGCAUACGUUCGGGCCGAAAAAGUCGGCCACAUAACCGGUCGUUGCCACGACGAAUACGAAAUUUGUCCUGUGUCCCUCUUUGACUUGCUGCCUUUGGUAGUCAAUAACAUAUUCUCUUCCGCGUAGAGUUACUUAGAACUGCUUCAGCUCAAUUGCAUUUGCAUUCAACGUUAUUAAAGCUCUUUUAAGAUAUUUUCUUCAUUGAUCGGUUCUGUUUUGGCCCGUACUCGAUCUGUUGUAUUCUAGACUACACUUUUUUUGUGUUCUAGCCCGCACUUAAUUGUUUUCGGGCCUGCGCUCGAUCUGUUGUGUUUUGGCCCACUCUCUGUCGACUUCUGGCCCGCUCUGUAUUCUAGUAUGCAAGAUUCUGAAUCACUUUGAGUACCUGACCGGGUCAGAAAAUUUCAGUUAUCGCUGCGAGUAAAGUGACGCCAUUGAAACCUGAAUCUGGUUUGUAUGAUUUUUCAUGCAGCUUACAAUCGAAACCCUACCGGUUGUAUCAUGAAUUGGUGCCAAGAACUUCAAAGCUCAAUAAAAUUAUUAACAUGUCCCCGUUUUUUUCAAUUGUGUAAAGCAAUGGCAGAUAUUUUUAUUUAAAAAAGUACAGUAUUAAAGAAUACAGUAAAGUACAGUAAUUCUUAAGAAUACCCUAGAUGUCUUGAAAAUUACAAGGUACACAAUGUACAAAGUCUGAAACGGUUGAUUCUCCAUGUUCAGAAAGUUGCCAAUAACAAUCAUUGUUAUGUGCACAAUGCUAUUGAACGAAGACAAAUUUAUCGUUCAUAACUGCUUUGUGUGUCACUCAAAGCUCUGUAUCAUUUCUAUGUGUACUCAUAAUUGUGGUCCACAUAUUGGCAAUACUCGCGGCACAUACUGGCUACAUGGCGAGCUCAAUCAUACAGAUUGAGCUCGCAAUGCAGGGCACUUAGUGACGUCGAGCGCAUCUUCCUUGAUUAGUAUUCUAGCGGCAAUUGAUCAUUUUAUUCUUAAUUGUUAUUCUAGCGGCUAACUGUAGUAUUGGUUUUCUUUUUCGUUUAUUGCAGGAGAAUUAUAGAGUGUGUUGGCAUGGUCAAGAACCAUUCAAAUAAUUGGGGCAUGCAUGAACACUGUUCUUAUUUUAAAGACACAGAAAUUAAAAAUACUCGAAUUUCGCAAUAUUAGACAUGAAUGACAGACGACUUGACAGAAACUUUACAAAUAUUUGAGGGCGUGAAAAUUUUUUUGAUUGUCUAAUAUUGCGAUACCGUUUAAAUUAUAUUAUUUAAUUGAAAGGUCCGCUUUGGUCGCCACACAUCAAUUGGGAUGGACUAGAUUCUUGACACAAGAUAAAUUCUACAUCAUCUAGUUUAAAAAAAUGCUAAUGUCAGAAGGAACAAAAUGGAACUACGUUGGUCGCAUAUGCAUUAUCAAUUCUACGUUUACGAUAUGUGCCUUAUAGCAAAGGAAAGUUAAUUUGACGCUUAUUUUAUUAUCAGUUGUUGUCUCACUAUUUUUAUUAUUUUUUAGCCUCUGAAAAUACUUAUAUAACGAAACAUAAAGCGUCAUCUGCUAAUUGGGUUCUGUUGAAUUCAUCAUUAAAGUUCGUUUUGUUUCCUUGCCUAACAUAUUUUUGAAGGCAAUUAACGAGGGACUAUAAUAAGAUACUUUACGGCCUUCUUCAACUCGUAAUUGAGUAAGUUCAAGUGUGAGUCUCCCGCCAAAUUUUAUGUGCAUAGAAGACAGUUGCGAUUGUAUAUGCUACAGAAAUUAUUGUAUAUUGUAUUGUAUAACGCUACUUCUCCCUCAGUCACGUUAUGCAAUAUAGCAACUACUAGACCUGAAACAAAACAUUGCACUAUUUUGUUACUGUAUUUCAAUCAGCAAACAGAAACGUUCGCAUUACAAUUUUUAGACGAAGGGUUUGCUAAUGAGCAAUUGGUAGUAUUAAAGGUACAAAAUGAAGGUGAAAUUCGAUGUCGGUUCAUGAAUAUUAGAAUCCCAGAUUCUUUAUCGGGAGUUGAUUCUUCCUUGUACUUCCGGAACCAUCCUAAUCUUUCUGAUUUCAGAUGAGCAUUUUCAAUGCUUAUCCCAGUUAAUAAUUUAGCGUGAAUUAUGCAUGAAUUUUUGUUCCAUUACAUUAAAUGCGGCGCUCAGAUUAUGGAAAUAACUUUUUUCACCAUAAUAUUUGAAGGUUUUUAGAAUCUAAAAUCUGAUUUACAAUAGAUAAA